AUGACAGCUAGCGAGGGCGUGGGGCAAAGGGAGCCUUCAGGUGGAGUAGGAGGCUGGCCUGAAGGGACCCAGGGGGAUGAACCGCAGCGGAAGGGUGGCUCCAUGGGCGACGGGUGCACUGGAGGUGGGAUGGCACUGACAUCUUCUGUAUACCACAGACAGUUCUCUCCUCAGCCUGCCUGCAUUGACUUGGGGAUGAUGUGGCCCCACGCACUGUGGACACUCCUCCUACUCUGCAAAUUCAGCCUGGCAGUUUUGCCAGCUAAACCUGAGAACAUUUCCUGUGUCUUCUACUAUGAGGAGAAUUUUACUUGCACCUGGAGUCCAGAGAAAGAAGCCAGUUAUACAUGGUACAAAGUAAAGAGAACUUACUCUUAUGGAUAUAAAAGUGAUAUUUGUCCAAGUGAUAAUUCUACAAGAAGAAAUCAUACUUCUUGCUCCUUUCUUCCUCCAACAAUAACAAACCCAGAUAAUUACACCAUUCAAGUGGAAGCUCAAAAUGCAGAUGGUAUAAUUAAAUCUGAUAUAACACAUUGGAGCUUAGAUGCUAUAACGAAAAUUGAACCACCUGAGAUUUUCAGUGUGAAACCAGUUUUGGGCGUCAAACGAAUGGUUCAAAUAAAAUGGAUACGGCCUGUGUUGGCUCCUGUUUCGUCUACUUUAAAAUACACACUUCGAUUCAAAACAGUAAAUAGUGCCUACUGGAUGGAAGUCAACUUCACCAAAGAAGAUAUUGAUAGAGAUGAAACCUACAAUCUCACAGGACUGCAGGCCUUUACAGAGUAUGUUAUAGCUCUGCGAUGUGCCACUAAGGAGUCCAUGUUCUGGAGUGGUUGGAGCCAAGAAAAAAUGGGAACAACUGAGGAAGAAGCUCCACAUGGCUUGGAUCUGUGGAGAGUCCUGAGACCCGCCACAGUAGAUGGAAGAAGGCUAGUGCAGUUGAUGUGGAAGAAGGCAAGUGGAGCCCCAGUCCUGGAGAAGACACUUGGCUACAGCAUAUGGUACUUUCCAGAAAACAGUACCAACCUCACAAAGACAUUGAACACCACUAACGAGAAGCUUGAACUGUAUCUGGGAGGCAAGACCUAUUGGGUUUGUGUGGUUUCUUAUAAUUCUCUUGGGGAAUCUCCGGUGGCCACCCUGAGGAUUCCAGCUAUUGAUGAAAAGUCAUUUCAGUGCAUUGAGGCCAUGCAGGCCUGCCUCACUCAGGACCAGCUGGUGGUGGAGUGGCGAAGCUCUGCUCCAGCGGUAGACACAUGGAUGGUUGAGUGGUUUCCAGAUUUGGACUCAGAGCCCUCCACUUUUUCCUGGGAGUCUGUGUCUCAGACCACGAACUGGACAAUUAAGCAAGAUGAAUUAAAACCUUUCUGGUGCUAUAACAUCUCUGUGUACCCAGUGUUGCGAGAUCGAGUGGGCAAGCCAUUUUCCAUCCAGGCUUAUGUCAGAGAAGGCAUUCCGUCAGCAGGUCCUGUGACCCAGGCGGACAACAUUGGUGUGAAGACAGUCACAAUCACAUGGAAAGAGAUUCCCAAGAGUCAAAGAAAUGGUUUCAUCACCAACUACACCAUAUUUUACCAAGCUGAAGAUGGAAAAGAAUUCUCCAAGACAGUUAACUCCAACAUCCUGCAGUACGAUCUGGAGUCCCUAACACGAAAGACCUCUUAUAGUCUUCAAGUCAUGGCCAGCACCAGUGCUGGGGGGAUAAACGGCACCACGAUAAACUUCAAGACAUUGUCAAUUAGUAUCCUUGAGAUUUUCCUUAUAACUUCUCUGGUUGGAGGUGGCCUUCUUAUUCUCAUCAUCUUAUCAGUGGCAUAUGGUCUCAAAAAGCCCAACAGAUUGAAGCACCUCUGUUGGCCCGAUGUCCCCAACCCUGCUGAAAGCAGCAUAGCCACAUGGCGUGGAGAUGAUUUCAAGGAUAAGAUAAAUUUGAAGGAAUCUGAUGACCCUGUGAAUAUGGAAGAAGACAGAGUUCUAAAACCAUAUUCUUCCCCCAGAGACCUUAUUGAUAAGUUGGUGGUGAACUUUGAGAAUUUUCUGGAAGACGUUUCCACAGAGGAACUUGAAAAGGGUCAGGAAAACAUUUUGAGAGAGGAAAAAAAUGAAUAUGUGACUUCUCCAUAUCGGCCUUACUGUCCUCCCAUUUCAACUGAGAUUCCACAGAGAAAAUCCCAAGAACUGUGUUCUAGAAUACCACAGGGGAUCUGCUUAGAAACCACAGCGCAGCUUCUUUCUUCUGUUCCGAAUUUAGGGCCAGACCGUAUCUGUGAAGAAGGAGAACCUAAUCCAUACUUGAAAAAUUCAGUGACAACCAGAGAAUUUCUCACGUCUGAAAAACUUCCAGAGCAAACCAAAAGGGAAGUCUAAUUGUUACUGUGACUUGAAUCUCUCUGGGUCGUAGUGUGAGCAACUCUUAUAGACAGAAUGUAUUAGGACUUAGCCAGAAGAGCUUCCUUGGCUGUCUCCCCAUCCUUGCUUUGUGUUAGAGAAAUUGUCACACAUCCCUGAGUGGCUUGUUGAACUUGGUUGGCACAGAUGUGUAACUUGCCUGAGAAGAAGGGAUAGUGGUAUGUCUGAGCAUUUUGCAGAGGAAAAGUGUUUAUUUUCUUUUGUUCAGGUAACAAGCUCUCACUGAGGUGUCUGACACAAUGAUUUUAAGGGACAAUGGAGCCCCUAAGGUGGAUAUAUCUUGCCUUCCCUAGGAAUUAGGUCAUUGCCACAACUUUUGCUCGAGCUGCUCCUCAGAGAUCCAUCAGACUUUCCCAUUGCUAGAGGACAGUGGUUUGGUAGGAGGUGGGAAUCUCUCCCUUUACCUUGAUUUCCCUUGGGUUCUGGGUUCUACCUCCAAGGAAGCCCCAAGAUCUCACUUUUGAGAUUUUGUUUCUCCCUCAAUAUAGGGGCAGGGGAGGUAGAGUGGCCUUCCUGAUGGUGUGCUUCUCAUUAACCUCAUAAAAUCUCAAGUGUCUGCAGCAACACCUCCACCCAGGACUCUUGCCCCUAGUUCACAGCACAUUGGCCUCUAGUAAAUCGAUCUCAGCAGGGCACUAGGGAGUGGACUCCAGGCUGGGCCAGCAGGUCUGCCCCAAUCUUCAGGUCAUUGCCCAGCUCUGAAAAGCUCCCGGAGGCCUUUGCUGGCCCUUUAUCUUGCACUCAAACCUGGGAGUAGAAAGGCACCAAAUACUGCACUGCUUUUGUACAGGAUCUCUGGCCCCUCAUGCUAGCUCACAGCCUAGGAAUGCUUACAAAGCUUCCCUCAAAGGCCUCUUUCCUGAAGGACCUGAGCAGGGUGUGGAAACAUGCUACUGUCACUUUGCUGCCCCGACCCAGGACUCCUCUUCCUUCACCUUGGCCAUGUACAGAGCUUAUGACACGUCAGGGGAGCCUUUAGCCCAAGUGCUAAUGGCAGGAUUCGGUUGCUGAGAAUUGGGGACUGAUGACUGGCCCUGGGCUGGCACCUUAACCGCAGUGAUGGCAGAUGAUUUCCUAAUAUGUGGCUUUGACUCAUCUGGCUAUUAGGGGAGGUCUCUGAGAACCUGGUGAGAUCUGGGAAGGCCAGGCAAUGAGUGAGCAGCCAAGGUGCCUUGAACGUAGCAUUUGCCAGCCAGAAAGGCUGAUGUCCAUUUUUAUAGGAGAAUUUGAGAAGUCAGUACUUGAGUAGCAGGCAUGAACUUCACAAGCCAACAAUUCA